AUGGCUCCGUGGCUACUAUCGGCGGCUGUGACAUUGCUGCAGCUCUUGCCCGACACGGCAGUUGCUCAAGAUGUAGCUUCGCCAUUCACAAAGGCUUCCAAUGAUUCGCUUCUUUGGGGCCCUUACCGUCCAAACCUGUACUUUGGUGUAAGACCGAGAUUGCCAAAGAGUGUCCUGACUGGACUCUUGUGGGCUAAGGUCGAGGACUUUGCUUCUCAACACGAGGGCAUGGCUGGCUAUGGCUGGGAUGCUUACGACCCGAGAACUGGUGGUUCGCAAACCAUCCACGAUGCUGGAAACCAGAUUGACGUUACGACCGACUUUGUCAAGUUCCCUGAUCAUGGCUCUAACGGAGGAUCUUGGGGUGCAAGAAUUAGGGGUGUACCGAGAGAAGGCGCUCCAGAGGAUCUCAAAACAACCAUGGUCUUCAACAUUGGUGUCGAGGGAUUGGGAAGUUUGGUGGUCGACAAUGCUGAAGAGGACGACAACGAGAGUGGCUUUGACGGAGAGGUUGUGAUUGCUGGAGAGACUCCUGAGUUGGGCACCUUCACCGUCACGAUUGUUGACCGCAAAGGAGACAAGCCUAGCCAUGUCCAUCCCUCGUUCCAGGAGAAGCCUAUCGACAAGACUUUGGUGCACAGUGUGCAGAUUCCAGAGGCUGCUUUGUGGCAGGCCAAGCCCGAGGCCAUGCCUCCUCCGAUGCAAGCUUUCACCAUCCCCAAUGCGCCCGGUGCUGGUAACAUGCACUUUGUGCAGAAGGUCUUCGAAGGCGCAUUCGAGUUCGACGUCAUCUUCUCAUCUGGUUCCGGCUCCAAGCCCAUCAAGUCGGCCGACUUGUCAGAGAAGAUCGAGACAACCAUCAAAUCCUUCUCCGAACGAUUCAUCCAGUCUUUCAAGCCCCAGCAACCCUUCAACGACAAAAAGUACAUUGGCCUGGCCAAGUCGCUCUUCUCAAACUUGAUUGGCGGUAUUGGAUACUUCCACGGAGACUCGGUUGUGGACCGCUCGUAUGCACCCGAGUAUGAAGAAGAGAACGAAGGCUUCUGGCAAGAGACGGCAGAAGCAAGAGCAAGGAACCAACAAAAGCUGGAGGGGCCAUACGAGCUCUUCACCGGCACUCCUUCGAGACCCUUCUUCCCUCGUGGAUUCCUUUGGGAUGAGGGCUUCCAUCUGCUUCCCAUCAUCGAUUGGGAUGUGGAUCUCACUUUGCAGAUUAUCAAAAGUUGGUUCAACCUGAUGGACGACGAUGGCUGGAUCGGCCGUGAACAGAUUCUUGGUCCCGAGGCUCGCAGCAAGGUUCCUCAAGAGUUCCAAACUCAAUACCCUCACUACGCCAACCCUCCCACUCUCUUCUUCGUCAUCCACUCUUUCCUCGACAAAAUCGCUGCUGCAAAGUCUGGCCAACAGGUUCUUGGCUCGGAUAAUGCCAACGGUGUUCUCGCCAAUCCUGACGCCGCUCUGCAGUAUCUUCGCGAUCUUUAUCCUCUGCUUAAGAAGCACUUUGAGUGGUUCCGCAAGACUCAAGCUGGCGACCUUAAGUCCUAUGACCGUCCCGCUUUCUCCAAGAAGGAAGGCUACCGCUGGAGAGGAAGCACAAAGACCCAUCUUUUGACCUCCGGUCUCGAUGAUUAUCCUCGCCCUCAACCUCCUCACCCUGGUGAGCUGCACGUUGAUUUGAUGUCAUGGAUGGGUAUGAUGACCCGCGCCAUGAAGCGUAUCGCGACCACUCUUACCGAGACCGACGACGCAUCAACCUAUGCCAAGAUUGAGAAUGCCAUCAUUCGUAAUCUCGACGACCUGCACUGGUCUGCUGACGAGCAAGCGUACUGCGAUGCUACGGUGGAUGAGUACGAAGAGCACGCUCUCGUUUGCCACAAGGGUUACAUUUCACUCUCACCAUUCUUCGCCGGUCUUAUAGCGCCAGAUCACCCCCACCUAGGCGAAGUCCUCGACCUCAUCAGCUCGCCCGAACAUCUCUGGUCACCCCACGGUAUCCGCUCCCUGUCCCAGCAAGACGCGCUCUACGGCACAGAAGAAAACUACUGGCGCUCGCCCGUGUGGCUUCCUAUCAACUACCUCGUCGUCAAGGAACUUCUCAACACGGCUUCCGCCUCUGGCCCUCACCAAAAGCGCGCGGCCAAGAUGUAUACCGAGCUCCGUAAGAACCUCGUGGAUACAGUGUUCAAGUCUUGGGAAAAGACUGGCUUUGCUUGGGAACAAUACAACCCAGAGACUGGAGAGGGACAGCGCACUCAGCACUUCACUGGCUGGACUAGUUUGGUUGUCAAGAUUAUGGCUAUGCCUGAGGUGCCUGAGGUCAAGGGUGAAAGUGGACAUGAUGAGUUGUAG